UCUCUGAUCCCUCAGCCUCCUCCGAUCCAUCACCAUCGUCGACGCACACUAGCAGCUAGCUCCACGCGCCGUGCUCGCUCGCAACCCCACCAACUACUCAACAGGCACCACACUUCGCGCUCACCGUACCUCAUGGCGGCGGCGGCGGCGGUGACGCAGGAGGCGCGAAGGACGACGAGGCAGGCCGUGCCGGCGUCGUCUCGGGUGGCGAUCAUCGGCGGCGGCAUCAGCGGGCUUGCCGCGGCGAAGCAGCUGGCGGCGCACGACCCGGUGGUGUUCGAGGCGACGGCGUCGGUGGGCGGGGUGUGGAAGCACUGCGCGUACCGGUCGACCCGUCUGCAGACGCCGCGCCCCGACUACGAGUUCUCCGACUACCCGUGGCGCAACCGCGAGGACCCAACGUUCCCGACGCACGCCGAGAUCGUGGAGUACCUCGAGGGCUACGCCGACGCGUUCGGCCUCUGGCGCUACAUCGCUCUCGGCGCCAAGGUCGUGGACGUCAAGUUCCUCGGCGGCCGCGCCGCCGGCUUCACCGAGCUCUGGAGCGGCACCGGCGAGCCGCUCCAGGGCAAGCCCAUGUGGGAGAUCGGCGUCGCCACCGCCGGCUCCGACGACGUUCGGUACUACCAGUUCGAGUUCGUGGUGAUGUGCGCCGGCAAGUACGGCGACGUGCCGCGGAUGCCGGUGUUCCCGCCGGGCAGGGGGCCGGAGGUGUUCCGGGGUCAGGUGAUGCACUCCCUCGACUACUGCAAACUCACCGAGGAGGAGACCGUGGAGCUCAUGAGGGGGAAGAAGGUGGUCGUCGUCGGGUACAAGAAGAGCGCCAUCGAUCUAGCGCUUGAAUGCGCUGAGGCCAACCAAGGUGAGGGAGGCGAGGCGUGCACGAUGCUGGUGAGGACCCUGCACUGGGUGGUGCCGUCCUACUCCAUCUGGGGCCUGCCCUUCUUCCUCUUCUACUCCACCCGCCUGUCCCAGUUCCUCUACGAGCGCCCCGGCCAGGGAAUCCUCCGCUCCAUGCUCUGCCGCCUCAUGGCCCCGCUGAGGGCGGGCGUGUCCAAGUUCAUCGAGUCCUACUUGGCGUGGAAGCUCCCGCUGGACAAGUACGGGCUCCGGCCGAACCACCCCUUCGUGGAGGACUACGCCUCCUGCCAGAUGGCCAUCCUCCCCGACGGCUUCUUCGACAUGGCCGACCGCGACAUGAUCCGCUUCAAGAGGGCCCCGGGCGGCUGGUGCUUCUCCCGCGACGGCGUCCUCCUCGACGACGGCACCGAGGUGAAGGCCGACCUCGUCUUCCUCGCCACCGGCUUCGAGGGCAAGGACAAGCUCCGCGCCGUCCUGCCCCAGCCCUUCCGCGGCCUCGUCGUCGACAAGUCCGGCAUGAUGCCGCUCUAUCGCGGCACGAUCCACCCUCUGAUCCCGAACAUGGCGUUCGUCGGGUACGUGGAGAGCGUGUCCAACCUGCACACGUCGGAGCUCCGGUGCCGCUGGCUGGCGGGCCUGCUCGACGGCCGGUUCGCGCUGCCGAGCGUGGAGGACAUGGUGCGGCACGUCGACGGCGAGGCGGAGGCCAUGCGCCGCACCACGCGCUUCUACCGCCGCCACUGCAUAUCAACCUACAGCAUCCACGACAGCGACGCCAUGUGCGCUGACCUCGGCACCAGGGUGCUCCGCAAGGGCAACUUGCUCGCAGAACUCUUCGCGCCCUACAACAACCAGGACUACAAGGAGGAAUGA